AUGUCAUCAUUCUUCAAACCAUUGCUCUUCAACCCGAAUCUGACGCUUCGCACUCUGAGCACACGCACAACCACCCGCAAACUCAACAAUGGCACCACUAUCCCAGCCCUCGGGUUCAGCACAUUCCAAGACCCCGAUUCCCAAGAGGAAACCGUCAGUCUCGCCCUCCAGAAAAGUAUGCGCCUAAUCGACACAGCCCGUAUCUACGACGUCGAAGCGCAAGUUGGAAAGGGAAUCAAGAAGAGCUGUAUUCCCCGCGAGGAAAUCUUCCUCGGCACAAAAUUGUGGUGCAAUGAUUAA